CUAGAUUCCAAUAUCAGUAUCGUCUCUAAGGAUUCAGCAAGAUGAAGACUUUUCUCUUGGUUACUUUGUUAGUCGCCUUGGCAUUGGUUGUGGAUUCGAAUCCAAUAGCAGGAUCAAGUAAAAAGGAAAAACGAGGAGUGGCAUUUUUACCAACGGGUUACGAUAUUUUUGGUGUUAUACCAGCUUUUACCUCAGCAUGGAAUCCAACCUCUUUUGGACAAUCAGCCUGGGAUUCGUCUUUGAAUUCUGAUUUAGCUUUAGGACAAAUACAACUUCAAGCUACACACAACGUUGCUCUUCAAGCAUUAAAUGAUCCUCAUCAUGGAACUCCAAGCAUCGUUUAUUCACCAGAAAUUUUACGUUCUGUCCAACAAGCGAAGGAAGCCAAUCAGAAUGUUCUUGUGGCUCAACAUAGAGUUGAGGAAGUGAAACAAGCAACAAUUCUACAACAAAGAAUAGCUAUAGCUAGAGAAGCUGCAGCUCGUGAAGCAGCUCACAGAUCAGCAGAGAUUUCGGCUCAUGCUCAAGCUGAGGCGAGAGCAAGUGCCAAACAAUUGGUAGCUCUUCAACAAAAAUUAGCAACUUUAAAGGAUUCUGUAGCUGCAGCACAAAGAGUAGCGGCUGCAAGAGAAGCUGCAGCAGCUGCAGCCAUACAACGUAAUGCAGCUGACACUGCUGCAGAAUUAAGAAAACAAGACGUAGAUAAACAAAUCUCUACAAGUGAAAGAGAAGCCAAGGCUCGAGAUUUAAUUGCUGCUAAAGAAAACGCUAUUGCCAAUGCUAUACAAUAUGCAGCUACUGAAAAACCAGCUCAUCGUCCUUGGGGCUAACUUUCCUUUUCAGAUAAUCAAUUAUGCAAAUUAUAUAUAAUCGCCAAUCACAUAAUUAGCAAUUAUUAAUAAUCGAAUGUAGGAUUCAUUAUUGGAUGGUUAUUUUUAAGGGCAUUUUCAUUAAGGUUUACUUUACUGUUUGUCAUUUUUUUAAAAAAAUUUUAUAUACGGGUCGGCUUAAGCCUUCCAAAAUUUUAUCUUAAUAAUAUAUUGUAAAUUGGAAAUACUUGAAAAUUUUAUACAGAAACAUUUUACGUACAUAAUUUUAACAAUAAAAAAAUUAUUUUUCUGAUAAAAUUCUUGAUACCUA